CCACUUGAGUCUAAGAAGGAAUUACAAAUAUAGAGAACACGCGCGAUUCUUUUACUUUUCUUUUUUGUUUCGAUUUAUUAUCAAGCGAACACGUGAGUGCAGAGAAAAUACAAUACAAUAAAAUUUAUCGUUCUCAUUACUCUGGUGUAGUAGAAUUCAUUGAAACAUGUGCUAGAAGAGCAACACGUGAAUUUUUAAACAUAACCUAUAAGGAAACAUUAAAACUAUCAUAAUAUUUAAACUUUCUUUUUUAUAAUAAAAUUGUAUAAGAAGAUAUUAAAGGAUUAAAAUGUUACGGAGACAAGCACGACUUCGAAGAGAGUAUCUUUAUAGAAAAUCCGUUCAAGAUAAAUUAAAGAGCAUUCAAGAAAAAAAGGAUAAGUUAAAACGUAGCUUGGAAGAAAACAUUCCAAUACAUCCAGAUUUAAGAAAAAGUGCUUUAUCGUUGCAACAAAAGAUAGAAUGGGAAGAUUUAGGACCAGAAUUAGCAGUGACUAUGGGUACAGAAGUAGGCGGAACUGUAGCUUCCCAUGAGGAUGAUGAAUAUCGUUGGGCAGGAGUUGAAAAUCCAAAAAUCGUUGUUACAACUUCUCGUGAUCCUAGUUCAAGGCUUAAGAUGUUUGUGAAAGAAUUACGUUUAAUUCUACCUAAUUCCCAAAGAAUGAAUCGUGGUAAUUAUGAAAUGAAACAAUUGAUACAUGCGUGCAGGGCAAAUGAUGUAACAGAUUUUGUAAUCGUCCAUGAACAUAGAGGCAUUCCUGAUACUCUUGUAAUAUGUCAUUUACCUUAUGGACCAACUGCAUAUUUUACUAUAUCAGAUGUCAUUAUGCGACAUGAUAUACCAGAAAUUGGAACUAUGUCAGAAGAGUAUCCUCAUUUGAUUUUUCACAAUUUCAAAACAAAGUUAGCCAAUAGAAUCAUGAGCAUUCUCAAAUAUCUAUUCCCAGUUCCAAAAGAAGAUAGCAAAAGAGUUAUUACUUUUGCCAAUCAUGACGAUUAUAUAUGUUUCCGUCAUCAUACGUAUAAGAAAGUAAAUGGAAAAGAUAUCGAACUGAAAGAAAUUGGACCAAGGUUCCAAUUAAAAUUAUAUGAGAUCAAAUUAGGAACAUUAGAUGCCGCCGGUGCUGCUGAUACAGAAUGGGCAUUAAGACCAUAUAUGAAUACCACUCAUAAAAGAAGAUUUUUAUCUAAUGACGAUGGCUGGCAGCAAGAAGAUGAAAUUUAAUUGUAAUAUAUGAAAUAACAUUAAAGAAAAAAAAACGAAUUACUGUAUAUAAUAUAAGUCUUACAUUUUUAAUAAAAAGAACGAUUUUUUUUCUAUUCUGAAACGCCAUCACAGU